GACACCGUAAUCCGACCAAGGGACCUAAUGAAAGGAUUUUGGGGGUUCAUGAAGUCCAAAGGUUAUCACCUCACAGUUCAUUGUCCUCGAGGAUUAAAUUUGAACGAUGUCGAAAUUUUCAUGCAUUUCUAAUUUGAGGUGCCAUCAGAGACUCGGUCUCAAAUGGUGUCUAAUAUAUGUUUUUCGAGUAAAAAGAAGAAACACCAUCGCAGAUGUCCCCAUAACGAAAGGUUCUUGUUUUGAUUUCUAAUUAUAGUUCUUCCAAGAAAAGCCUUGUCCUGCAGCAAGACACAAAUUCCUCCUACUUCAUCUCCCUCCCAUCCACCACCACCACCAGCCACCUACCGAAUCGAUCUUUAUAUAUCUCAUUCCGUUCACCAUCAACCUCCACACUACCUCCUUUGUUUCAAAGAACAAUAUUACAAAGACCGGAAUAAAAACUCGAAACUGAGACAGACAAGACAAGAUGGCAAAUCAAGUGGUCGUCCUUACUCUCAUCUUUAUUGUCAUUAUUGCUGGGGUUUCAGCAAAAAAGGCAAAGGCACCAGCAGCAUCACCGUCACCGGGAUCUGCCCCGUCCAGUUCUCCAUCCAAGGCGCCAGCAUCAUCACCCGCCAAAGGUCCAGCCACUGCCAAAGCUCCAUCCAAAGACAAAACUCCAUCUCCGUCAGGUGCCACUAAAUCACCGUCCUCUGCCCCAGCACCAUCCCCCAUGUCUUCAUCGUCCUCUCCAUCUUCUUCACCUAAGUCUGCACCAUCAUCAUCGCCCCAAUCGGCGCCAGCCAGUUCACCCCCCAGCUUCAGGAAGCCCAAGAAGCCCAAGAAGUCCACCAGUCCAGCUGCAUCCCCCACCUCUGGGACUAGUCCCUCUCCUUCACCCUCCAGCUUCAAGAAGCCCAAAAAGUCCACCAGACCAGCUGCAUCCCCUACGUCUGGGACUAGUCCCUCUCCUUCACCCUCCAGCUUCAAGAAGCCAGCCAAGGCUCGAACACCCCAAGCCUCGGCCAAGGCUCCCUCUAAACCUAAUUAGAAUCAAAAUUCAGAAAAAGAAAGGGAUAUCUAUGUGAUCACCAUAUGGUCCACGAUCCCGAUCUGUAAGUAAUAGCCUCUAACAUUAUGGGGUCUGCAGAACAGACUCAUCUAGUUAUUACUUGGUGGAACCAAUAAAUUCCAUGGUCGUUUUGUUGGCCUGACCAU